AUGCGCUUACUGGAAAGACAUCAACACGAGUGGCCUGUUCACACUCGACUGGCUCGAGAUCUAUUCACCGUUCCGGCUACAGGUGCUGGCACGGAACGACUUUUCACCGUUACGCAAGAGAUCUGCCAUGCGCGUGGGGAAUAUUUAGAUGAGUCGACCAUCCAAGACCUUGUGAUGUAUGCGUACUCGGAGGAAUCUGGAACAGGGAAGCAAUUGAUCAGCCGGGUAGAACGUAACAAAGCAAGUAACGAAGAGUGGGAGGAGUUCGAAACAGAGGCAGAAAGGCCAGAACGGAUCAGCGAGGAUGAGUGGAGUCCAGCUGAAGCGAGUAUUGACGUGCGUCCAUGGGAAGACGAAAAUAGCGAGGCAGACACAGUGAUCCUGGAAAGCGCACCUACGGAUGAUCUGGGACAGAAUAUGGCAGAUGAAGCGAGGAGGACUCGUUUCUGCCUCCACCUGUCACGCGGCUCAUCAAUAGCGUUCGAAGGAGAUUCUCAAGCAGAAUGA